CGGGGAUGAACCACAAGAGUAAGAAGCGCAUCAAGGAGGCGAAACGCAGCGCCCGGCCGGAGCUGAAGGACUCGCAGGACUGGUGCCGCCAUAAUUACUGCGAGCUCUACUCGCUGAACCCCAGUGUUGUACGGGAUAAUGUCGAGCGCGUGGACGCCGCCCACUUCACCAUAGAGGAGUUCAUCGAACGCUACGAAAAACCCUACAAGCCGGUGGUUAUCCUCAACGCCACAGCUGAUUGGCCGGCUCAAGAAAAAUGGACCCUGGAACGGCUAAAGCGCAAGUACCGCAACCAGAAGUUCAAAUGUGGGGAGGACAACGACGGUUACUCGGUGAAAAUGAAGAUGAAGUACUACAUCGAGUACUUGGAGGGGACGCGGGACGACAGCCCCCUGUAUAUCUUUGAUAGCAGUUACGGAGAACACCCCAAAAGGAAGAAACUACUAGAGGAUUAUGAGGUGCCCAAGUAUUUCCGUGACGACCUGUUCCAGUUUGCGGGGGAGAAACGGCGCCCUCCGUACAGGUGGUUUGUGAUGGGGCCGGCACGUUCUGGGACUGGAAUCCAUAUCGACCCUUUGGGCACCAGCGCCUGGAACUCUUUAGUCCAUGGCCAUAAGCGCUGGUGCCUGUUUCCCACUAAUGUGCCACGGGAACUGAUAAAAGUGACACGGGAUGAGGGGGGGAAUCAGCAGGAUGAGGCCAUCACCUGGUUCACCGUUAUUUACCCGCGCACUCAGCUUCCGUCAUGGCCGCCUGAUUUUAAACCUCUGGAGAUUCUGCAGAAGCCUGGAGAGACGGUGUUUGUCCCAGGAGGUUGGUGGCACGUGGUCCUCAAUUUGGACACCGCCAUCGCGGUUACCCAGAACUUUGCCAGCUGCUCUAAUUUCCCCGUUGUUUGGCACAAAACUGUGAGAGGGAGGCCCAAGCUUUCCAGGAAGUGGUACAGGAUUUUGAAGCAGGAGCGUCCAGAGUUGGCAGCACUGGCAGAUACUGUGGACCUGCAAGAAUCCACAGGUAUUGCAUCCGACUCCUCCAGUGAUUCUUCUAGUUCAUCUUCCUCCAGCUCUUCGGAGUCCUGCUCAGAGGAUGACUCAAGUUCUGGAGCGGAAAUGAUGUCCCAUAGAAAGAAGAAGAGAAGAAUCUGCAGUGGGAUGGGGAACGGCGACAGCACCACACAGGACGACUGCGUGAGCAAGGAGCGCAGCUCCUCAAGGUGACACCAAGCAAAGGCCAAGCAACCAUUGUUCCCAGUUCUACGAAUAUGGUGACUCCCACUCCUGCCCCCUGUGCUGCUACACACCCGCAGAGCAAAGCAGUCUUACUGUUUUAUAUUAGAUCUCACACAGACUGUAUUUAAUAGGCCGGAAUACAUGGGAUUAUCAGUCUUUUAGCCAAAAAGCCAGUUAGGCCAAGACGUUCCUCCUUCUCAAGGUUUGUGGCCUCCAUCUCUCCUUCAACUUUGCUGCUUCAUUCCAGCUGUCUGGCCGGCACUCCGCACACAGGGGGCCUCUCUGUCUGUAUUUGGGGAUUAACAGCUACAGCUUUCUGCUAAUAGAAGUCUAAAAGGGAAAGUUCGACAGAUAUCCCCUGAAGGAGUGCCGCAUCGACUGAGCAGCAUGUACAAUACCUUUAGCAGCCCCCUUCUUUAUAAAUGUGUGUCUGGGAAUCAAAGGGAAUCUAAACCCAAAUAUCCAAUUGGCCAAAUGGAAGAAAACACCGUUUUCAGCUACUUCCCAAUAUACAUUCAUUACACAUUUUUACUGGUUUUAAAGUUAUCUGUAACUAUAACUGCAGCGACCGUCCCUUUGUUCUCUCUGCACUGGCUUUUGAGGCCAUGUAGAAGCCAGCUGAUUGGCAAACCUGCAAAGGCUGACUUCUGCUACAUUGUUUCAGGAGUCAGAACUAGGGAAAAGAAAGAUAUAAACAGAUAUAAGCAGCAGUGGCACUUACCCAUGACUUUAAAACCAUUGCAAAUGAGUAACGACUGUAUAUUGGGGAGCUGCUUAGAAGGACAUCUUUUGUGUUUUUGGGUUUACAUUGCCUUUAACCAGGCCUAGUACUUAAUGCACUGCAGCACAAGCAACAUAAACCUCCAUUUAUAUAUAUAAAUACCCUUUAAACCCAUUUAAAGAGACAAUACACGCCAAUAAUCCCAGAGAAUUCUUUUUAAACGGAUAAAUCCUGAUCUAAUUUGUGUCGGAAUUACCUUUAAUAUCACUCGAAAGCCGAGAUUUUUAAAGUCUGUGAUUGCUCUGUUAAUUUAAAACUGUAAUUUUUCUCUUGUUUUUUUUUUUUUAAUAUAUAUUUUUUUCUAACAAAAAUAAAAGUCACAUCUAAAGGUGAA